GUUCUUCUCUGCCUCUGUCCCCGAAGGCUGGCUGGCUGGCUGGGGCUGCUGACUGGCUGGCUAGCUAAACCCACACGUCGCGUCUUGGCCUCGCUCACACGGCGAGCUAACCCGUCUCCCCCCUCCCUCCUUUACCCUUUCUCUUUUUUUUUUUCGGCUCGCAAAUGACGGUUUUUGCGGCGCAACAGAAGCGGAUUAUUCACGAUGUUUUCGGCGUGGUGUGAAACCCGCGGAGAAAUAUUGGUUUCUACCCCCAUUAUCACACCGGAGGACCGCCCGUGCUUCGCGAAAAUGGAAAAAGGAACACAAUGCAGCAUGCAUGUUCUGCAUUCUUCAGGAGCUCCACGCCGUCGGUGUGAAUGACUUGUGGCUGUAGGUUAUCCUGAGCGGGCCAGGUUCCUGCGCGACAGCCUCCGCGGCUGACUGGGAGGAGUCGAGUGGAGAGCAGACAUCAGUGCCCAGGGGACCUGAAACCUGGUUCUCCAUAUGAGGCCCUGCUGAAAGGGCAGGGGGGCUUCUGAGUGUGCCCAAGGGCCGUUGAAAGCCCCCUUGGGGGAGUUUCAUAAUACACAAAGAACAAGAAAAGCCUUCUCGACUAUUGUUUUUGUUUUUACACACUUUCCAUUUUACACACACACACACACACCCACAUACAUCCACAUACACACAUCCACUCACAGACAAGGACGUAGGGAGAAUGUUGGAGGUGCAGGAGGAAAGGCCAGCGGCGGCAGGUACAGCAGCGACACAUUUCACCAAGAAGGAGCGAGCAAAGAAAGAAAGAGAGGAGGCCAAGGACGGCCGGGGGAACCUGUCCAACAUCACCAAUCCCGUCUCUGGCUCCAGGAACGUGCGUGCAAAAGCGGCACUCACACACACAGGCAGCCCUCACCAGCUCAUCACUCCACCCUGUUCUGUAGUCCUGGGAGCCCCAUCAAUGCACUCCAAUAGGCUGAAGAACUCCCCGUCCACCAACACGCAGAGCCCUAAACCUAAGACGGAGGCCAUGGUACGAUCCCCUCCUGUCAUGUCCCCCUCCACUGCUGCCCAGAUGGACUCUAAAAUGCCCAAUCAGAGUAAACCAGGGAGCGCUGGCAGCCAAUCACAGCCCUCCUCCUGCGAUCCCAAAACCAUGGGUGCCAAAGCGGCUCAAAAUGUGUCUGGGGGAAUGGGACUAAAAAACGGCCAGGGCCUGACGACCGGUCCCAGCUCCAAGGUGAAGGCCAAGAGGGAAAGGAGUACCUCAGUGGAGUCGUUCGAGCAGCCAGAGAGUGGCACGCCCACCAAUGAAGACAAAGAUAACAGCAGGGCAAAGAGGAUUUGUGUUGCAGAGAGGAGGCAGCCGUACAGUGGAACUGACUGGUGUUCUGGUGGAGAAAGUGAUGAAGACGACAGAGGGUUUUUCAAUUGUAACUCGAGUGAAGUGAAUGCCCAGGACACACAUUCUACCUCCAACGCUGGACUCAGUCGCUCCUCCACGCCUUCCCACAAUACAUUGGGAGGCCAAGGCUCCACAACAGAACCUACCAGUGGUCAAAAAUCAGGCUCAAAACUUGUCCGUGUCUUCUCCACAGAGAUGGCAAACACGGCAGCUGAUGCAGUUCUAACUGGCCACACAGAAAACAUCAUUGACUUCCACAUUAAAAACUUCAAGGAUAAAGCUCACCUGCUCUUGAACAACACAUCUGGUGUCCUGCGAAAUGACUCGAACCCUCCUCAGCAACCUCCGUCCCACGCCCAAGAUCAAAGUCACCAGCCAGGAUCGAAGCCGUCCUUAUCUGGAAUGUCGGAGCAAGCGCCACCCCAGAGUUCCAGUCAAGGGAGUCAACCCUCUGUUCUCCCGCAGGAGGGAUCGUCCUCCGCUGGCACAGAAUCCAAAAACAUCCCCGGCAGCAGCCCUGGGAACCCUUCAGCCCCUGUUGACCAGGCUCCCGUUGCCCAGCCAGAGACUGGCCUCAACCCGCCAACGUCUGUUGAAGGAGGACCGGGUGGAGGCACGAGUGGAUCAGGUUUGACGCCGCAGCAGCAGCAGCAGCAACAGCAGCUGGCCCAGGAGCUACUCAACAUGGAGGCCAAUACGGAAGGCCUGUCCCAGGAACAGCUGGAGCACAGGCAGCGUUCUCUGCAGACCCUACGGGACAUCCAGCGCAUGCUUUUCCCCGACGACCGUGACGCCCCGCCUCCUGGGCCGCAACAAGCCCAUGUUGGACCUCACGACGGAGGCCCGGAUGGUCCACCUCGGCGACCAGAGCAGGGACCUCUACAGGCCAUGAUGGCACAGUCUCAGAGCCUUGGACCGCCAGGUGGACCUGGAGGACCUCGUCCACAGGGACCCCCCUUUGGGCCUCCACAUGGCCCAAGGGAGAUGCCUUUAUUUCCCACUGAUGACAUGGUCCCUCCGGGUGGCCCUGGAGGGCCAGGUGGGUGUGGGGAAGGGGAUCAGAUGACACCAGAGCAGGUGGCGUGGCUUAAGUUACAGCAGGAAUUUUAUGAGGAGAAGAGGAAAAAGCAAGAAUUGCAGCACCGACCACUUCCUCCAGACAUGAUGCAUCCUGGUCCACGGGGCAUGAUGCGAGGGCCCCCACCCCCUUACCAGAUGGGUCCAGGAGAGAUGUGGGGGGGGCCAGGCGGUCCACCAGAGCAUUACCCGGAGCGAAUGGGUAUGGGGCCCGGUCCUCGGGGUAUGGGCCCUCAUAUGCAGAGGAUGCCUGGCUUCUCCGGCAUGAUGAAUCCUGAGAUGGAGGGCCUGCCAAGGCCAGGAAUGGGCUGGCCAGAUGACAUGCCUCCGAGGAUGGCAGAAGCCCGAGGCUUCCCCGGGGGGCCUGCAGGAAUGUUUCCUGGUCCGGGGGCCCGUGGUGAGCGUUUCCCCAACCCCCAGUCAGUCCAGGAGGCAAUGUUCCACCAAGGAAUGAGUGGGGAGAAAGGCCUCCCUCCUGGGAUGAUGAUGGAUGUUCAACGGAUGAUGGGACACCAAAGAGGUGGAAUGGAACCAGGUAACGGCAUGGGAAUGUUUCCCAGAAUGCCUGUCGAUGGCCCUAUGAGUCCGUCAUCGAGGCUCCAAGCGAUGGGGGGCAGAGAAAUGGGGCCUGAGUUUGGCAUUGGACCAGGACCUCACAUGCAUCCAUCUAAACUACGAGAUGGACCCAUGAACAUGAGUCCUGACGAAAUGAUGAGAAUGAGAACAGGUGGAGGACCGCCAAUGGAGAACAUGGGGCCACAAGGCAGGCCGAUGCAGGUCCCUCCCUUCCCUGAGCAGACACCAGCAGACUUUCCCAUGGGACCAGGGCGGCCCUUCCCUGGGGGCCCUGGAACAUUGAGGGGUCCCCACGCAGACCCAGCUUUUGGUCCAGAGCACAGAUCAACGCCAUCAGGAGGAAAUGGUCGCAUUAACCAUCUUUCCUCAGCUGGUGGUCCGGCCCAGGGACAAAGGGGCCGGAAACCAGCCGAUCUAAAUGUCCAAGCAGGAGGAGGGAACUCCCCUAGUGUCAACCCCCUCAAGUCUCCUCCGCUGAGGCAAGUUCAGUCCCCCAUGAUGGGCUCCCCCUCCGGGAACCUCAAAUCUCCUCAAACACCAUCCCAGCUCGCUGGCAUGCUCAGCGGUCCCGCGGGCCCCAGCGCACCUCCGGCUCCUCCGACAUCUGCACCAAUGAAAUCCCCCCACUCCAUGAUGGGAUCAGCAGGCGCCUCUCCUGUUCACAUGAGGUCCCCAUCUCUUCCAAACCCCUCUCCAGGGUGGGCCUCCUCACCAAAACCACCCAUGCAGAGUCCUGGAGUGCCCCCCCAGGGUGGCAAGCCUCCACUAAGCAUCACUUCACCAAACAUGAUGGGGGGAAUGGAGCCGGGUAUGUGUGUCUUAUCUUUAUCUGAGAUCAGACACACACAACCUCAAAGUUCUUUUUUCUUCUCAUUUUCAAGGGGUAACGGGCCUCCCUCAGCUCCUCCCUCAUCGGGGGCUCCAUCUGGCUCCAUGUCCCUCCCAGGCAAUGUCCCGUCUGGCAGUCCGUACACUAUACCACCGGAACCAACACUCUCCCAGAAUCCGCUGUCCAUCAUGAUGUCGCGCAUGUCCAAGUUUGCGAUGCCCAGUUCGACCCCGCUUUACCACGAUGCCAUAAAAACUGUAGCCAGCUCAGACGACGACUCGCCCCCAGCUCGCUCUCCCAACCUGCCUUCAGUGAACAAUGGUAUGGCAAUGAAUCACCAAGGAAAUCCUCGCAUGAUGGGACCUGGAAACACUGUACCCAUGCCUGCGCUCAGUCCUCUGGGCAUGAAUCCUUUGGGUUCCCAGCCUCUUUCUCAUGGCAUGCCCCCUCAGAUGCCCUCUCCGAAUGCCCCCAAUAUGGGCCCAGGCAUGAUGCCUCAUGGCAUGAUGAUGCAACCAAACCCACAAGACCCUGGUAUGCCAAAUCCUCAAAUGAUGCCUCAAGGACGCAUGGGUUACCCUCAUCGAAACCAGGGUUACCCCCUCACACAGUCCCCAUCCCAACAAGGCCCCUUUUCCCCACACAACGGCCCAGGCCCCCAAGGCUUCCCUGGUCAUUCAAUGGGGUUCCAGGGCGAACCGGGACCUAUGGGAGGACGGAUGGGGAACAUGCCUCAUGGGGGAGGGGGUGACGGGGGCAUGUGCAAGCCAAAUACCCCUGGUGGGCCGGAGUUCAACAACAUGCAAGGAGGAUUUGGAGAUGCAGACCUUCAUGAAGUGAUGCGGCCGGGAGCAUCUGGCAUUCCCGAGUUUGAUCUGUCCAGGAUAAUCCCGUCGGAGAAACCCAGCCAGACUCUGUCGUACUUCCCCAGAGGUGGAGGGGAGAACCCCGGGGGUAAACCGCCUCACCCGUCUGGGUUUCCAAUGCAGGCCAUGAUGGCUGACGGUCCACCAAGGAUGGGGAUGCCCAUGCAGGGGAUGGGGGGUAUGUCGGGUGGACCCGGUGGGGGAAUGGGCCCCCAAGACAUGCCAAUGGGCAACCCAGGUCACAAUUCAAUGCGACCACCUGGAUUCAUGGGCCAAGGCAUGAUGGGCCCUCAGCACAGGAUGAUGUCUCCUGGGGGUCCGGGAGGGAUGAUGCAGGGGAGACAAAUGGCCCACCCAGGCCCCGGUGGCUCACCUAACAUGAUGAUGUCACUACAGGGCAUGGGUGGUCCUCCACAACAGACAAUGAUGAUGGGGGGCCAAAUGAGGCCUCGUGACAUGGAUAUGGGAUUCAGUCCGGGCCAUGGAAUGUUCUAAUCCAACAAAAACCUUGUAACUAGAAUGUUCUUGGACAAAAACAUGAGGAAGAUGAAAAGGAUUACGGAGUGUAGCAAGUAUUCAGAAACAGACGAACUCAAGUCAAUGAGACGAAACACAAAAUGAACGUUAUGGAGCGAACCUGUUGCCUAGUGAUGUCUUGUGGGGGACAAUUCCAGCUACGGAGACUAAGAAGGGGUCUGGUUUGGUGUACUUUUUCUCACUCAAACAUUAAUUUCGACUCAAGAACUCGCAGAAUGUACGAGAUUGUUGUGCAUCAAUUUCGCAGAACUGUUCGUGUUUUUUUUUUUUUGUUUUUUUGGUUACCUGACUGUAAAGAUGACUCUGACAUCAAAGAGGAACAAACCUUAAAACUAAAAUGUCAGUGUGGAGAUGCUACAGUAUAUGUCAACUUUUUUUCAAAUUAAAAAGCAAACAAAAAAAAAACAAAAAUUUGUCACAAAAGUGAUAUGGAACCAGAGAAAGGAGGAGGAAUACUUUGUGCUUUGUGAAGACUUUAGUGGAAAUCCAUCUUGUCUCUCGCUCCAUUGUUUUUUGACUGUUUCUGUACAGUAUAUACGUGAGGGUGUGUUUGUGUGCUUGACAGAUUGUAUGUUUGUGUGGUAUGUGUGUGUCUGUAUGUAUAGGCAUUCUAUCAGUGACCUCUUAACGCCUCUUACCCAGCUUUCAUUGGGGUGGAGGAACGCCCCCUUAAAAAUACUGUACGGUUUACCAUUGGUGGGCUAUUCAAAUUUUAGUCUAUUUUAAUUUCCUUUGUAACUCCAGUGUAUAACAAACCAAACUAUGACCUCAUUAAGAUAAUAGUAUUAUUAAAAAAAGCACAAACAUGGACCAUCUGCAGAAAGCGUCUUCUUUUCUGUUUCUAACAUGCACUCAGUGUGAGGAUCUUGGCAGCUUUGCCACACCAUCAAACUAUUUUUGCGCCUAAAACCUUCAGGACUUUGCCGGCGUGAAUAAUAUUGCUACUACCCAGACGUGCUAUGUGUCUUCUUCUUGUCCCUGUUGUGUUCCUGUUUUGUUUUUUGACUCUCGUUGACUCUGGGUAAUAAUCAUUCCCACAGCAAUAAUCCAUGAAGAGAUGAUGGUCCACAGACUGGGACGGGAGCCGCUGAAUGCAGGAAGCAGGAUUGUCAGGUAUUCUAGAGUUAGCGGUAGGUAGAUCUGGUUAACGUUUUAGCGAGAUGAGACGCAAGGAAAUGUAAACACGUACUGCUUACCAUCCAGUUGACUUCCUCUCUUUUAUCUAUUGUAUAAGCUUGUCAUGUGUUUCUCCAUUGGCUUUGGUGCAGAAGAGCCUAACCAGGGCUGUUGGUGAUGGACUACAAAUAAAAGAUAUUGUUUUGGUAUAUA